AUGAAGAAAGUGACUAUGAAAGCACAGCACCUGCCUUCUGUUUUCAUCAAUGAGGACAAGUUCAUAACCAGAGAGCAGCUCAGUUCCCUUCUGAAGACCUACAACUCUUACUAUUCAGAUCAAGAGAAUCUGCAAGUGACAUAUAAACAGAGAGAAGGAAGCACACCAUUUAUUGAGGGAAUCCUGUCCAUAUUUUGGGGAGUGAGACAUCCUAUCCGAUUGAAAAUUCAGGAUGAGAAGCUGAUACCAUCAUUUGUCACCCUGAAGUCAACAGAGAACGUGGACUUGUUCCCUAAUAAAAGGGGAAUGACCCGCUGGGGAGAAUUUGAUGACCUCUAUCACAUCAGUGGAGAGACACUGAAGUCUACUGAGGUGCAGCCAGACCUUGAGCCAAGCUAUCCAUGCUAUGAGAGCCACACGCUGAAGUCCAGGAGUGAGCAGGACCACGACUGUGCCGUCCUGCCCCGGACCAGCAGCGAUGCCGCGGCAGUGCGCAGGAGGACGAAGAUCUCCACCGCUGCCAGGGCAGAAGUGGAGACUCACAGGUUCUCCAUCAAUGGCCACUUCUACAACCACGAGACAUCGGUUUUCACUCCAGCUUUUGGAUCAGAAACCAAGAUCAGGAUCAACAGCCAGAUGAGAACCAGACAAGUGAUAGAGCAGCUGCUUCGCAAGUUCAAGAUAGAAAACAGCCCCCACGAAUUUUCACUUUACAUUAUCCAUGCAUCAGGAGAGAAGAAGCAGCUGAGGAGUGGAGACGUUCCCUUGCUGCACAGGCUACUGCAGGGGCCCUCGGAGAAGAUUGCCAAGUUCUUUCUCAUGGAUGUGGAUGUGGAAGAGAUCAGCAGUGAUGUUGCUCAGUACAUGCAAUUCCAUCUGCCCUUUUUGGAAUCCAUUCUGCGCAGACUAAAUGAAGAGGAGGAGCAGGAGAUCCAACAGACAGCUUCAAGGUACCUAAAGGAGAGGGCCUUGAUACUGCAGCAGCUUCACAGCCGAACUGUUCCACGGACGGAGACGGAGGUUUGA